AAAAAAAGAAAAAACAAAUCAGCACCAAAUCAAAGAGAGGGAAAGAAAACAAGUGAAAACCGAGCCUGGAGCGAGAGCGCGCGCGAUGCGAUGCGAUUGCGGUGGUGGCGGCGGCGGUCAUCGUUGUUGAGGUCCCUUUCACCGGCCAAUGCACCGUCGUGUCACGGCGGUUAUCUCGGUUGCCGCCGGCGUUGAUGGCCCUGCAGAUGUCCUGGCAGCCGAAUCUCCUGAGUCAGAAGCGCAAAACCGGUGCUCCUCCCUUAGGUCUCCGUAACCUCGGCAACUCCUGCUACCUCAACAGCGUUCUCCAGUGCCUCACCUACACUCCUCCUCUCGCCAAUUUCUGCCUCCGUUUCCAACACUCUUCUCUCUGUGAUUCUUCUGCUUCUUCCUCGUGCCCGUUCUGCAUACUCGAGAAGCAGAUUGCGCGUUCUCUCAAGUUAGAUCUCGCGCACGACGCUCCUGCCAAGAUUCAGAGCUGUCUCCGGAUCUUCGCUGAGCAUUUCCGCUGUGGUCGUCAGGAGGACGCGCACGAGUUCCUCCGCUACGUUAUUGACGCCUGCCAUAACACCUGCCUCCGCCUCAAGAAGCUUCGCCGGAAAGGGGGUGGUGGUGGUGACAGUGGAGGGUCUGUGGUGAAGGAUAUCUUUGGGGGUGCCUUGCAGAGCCAGGUGAAGUGUCUCUGCUGCGGGUACGAGUCGAAUAAGGUUGAUGAGAUGAUGGAUAUCAGUCUAGAUGUUUUUCAUAGUAACUCGCUUAGGGACUCUAUGCAGAAAUUCUUUCAGCCUGAGGUUUUAGAUGGCAACAAUAAGUACAAGUGUGAUGGCUGUAAGAAGUUGGUGGCAGCUAAAAAGCAGAUGUCUAUACUUCAAGCGCCUAAUAUCCUCGUGAUACAGCUCAAGAGGUUUGAGGGCAUAUUGGGUGGCAAGAUCGAUAAGGCUGUUGCAUUUGAAGAAGUUUUGGUGCUUUCUAGCUUCAUGUGCAAAGCAAGCCAGGAUCCACAACCAGAAUACAAGCUCUUUGGAACUAUUGUGCAUUCAGGUUACUCCCCUGAAUCUGGUCACUAUUAUGCGUAUAUUAAGGAUGCAAUGGGUCGGUGGUAUUGCUGUGAUGAUUCUUGUGUAACAGGUGCAACCCUGCAAGAUGUUUUGUCAGAAAAAGUUUAUAUUCUUUUUUUCUCUCGGACUAACCCAAAGCCAGUGUCAAUUAGUAAAUCUCUUGCGUCAAACGGUGUAAAGCCUCAUCAUUCCAAUGGGAGUCAGGCAUCUGAAUGCCCAAAGGUUGAUGUACCACUGAAAACAGUGCAUGCAAAAUUGAAUUCUGAGCAGUCUCCUCAGAAAGAUAUGCUGAGUGUAUCUAAAAUUGGUAAAGGGCCGUCAAGCUCACGAGUGAAGUUUGACAUUAAUGGUAGUUCUACUUCUAUUUCCAAGAAGAGUCCCGCUCCUGCAAGUGUCAAUGGGAAAGUUGACUUCUCUAGGAAUAAUCAGCCCUUAGUAAUAAAUGGGCAUGCGAAGGACUCAGUUUCAUUAGAGAAUGGUAAGAAAGAUCCUUCGUCAUUACCCAUUGGAAAUGGCUUUGACAAAAAUAAACCUGACGUUGUUAAGAGCUCGAAAAGGAAGGAGUCAACAAUGGCAAAUGGACACAAUAAUGUUCAGACAGUUGAUACCCAUACUGUAAAACCAGAUCCUACAGAAAGUACUGAUAGAAACAAAGAAAUAACAGGUAGAGGGCCUGACAACUGUAAGCAUGAAAGCAAUGGCGUCAACGGUGUGCCAAACAUAUUGGGGAAUAAGAGAAAGGUGCUUGAGGCUUCAUGCAUUUUGCUUGCACAUGAUGCUCAGUCUCGAGCAAGAGUUCAAGAACUGAAGGACAUUCUUGGGAAAGAGGCAAAGUCAGUUUUAAGGUCAUGUGGCUGGACAGAUAUGGUCUAUGACUACUUGCGUUCUCAAAAAAGGUUACGAGCACAAGAAGCUGGAAAUUUAACGAGUGGAGAUGAAACAAGGAAGUUGUUAAUAAAAGAUGCCCAAGGUGCUUUCAUAUCUCAGAUUCCUGAGUCAUUAAGAAAGGAUCUGAUUGAACGGCUCCGAACAUUUAGCCAAGAAAAAGUCCAAUUUGAAGGACCUUGACCUGAUCAGCAUGUUCUGUCCUGCAAGUGAGGCUUAGUGUGUAUACUCUGUAUUACUAAUUGUCGUAGGGAUGGUGGUAUUGUUUCAUACUUACUCUUUGAGGUAGUGCUGGCGAUUAACAGCAGGAGAAUGUGGAGACUAUCGUUAAAGUCCUCUCUGCGGUGGCUUUGUUUUGUUAUGCCUUCCAGGAGCUCCAUGCAGAUUCGAUAUAGACGUUCAGAUUUUAUGUCUUGCCAUGUUUUCUUUCUCCAUGGAGGCUCUAAAGUACUAUGAAUCGUGAGAAGAGCGUGUCAGGAAUUCAUUCCAUUUUGUACAAUCCGUUUUAGGCUUGUAUUGGAGCAAAAUCUUCUUUCUCUAUAAAAUUGCUCAACAAAUUUUGCAUCAUAGAUGAGGCUGUGGCUGUGGGAUACAUGCUAUCAACAAUCACAAUCCGGUAUUAAAUGAGAAAUUCCUUCACUAUGUUCAUUUAGAUCCUCAGAAGGAUUUAUGAUUCAGUUUUGGUCACAGCAGCACCUGUAUCGUUUUUGUAUUCGUGAUAACUAUGGAUAACAAAUACUUUGGUAGACAACAUUGCGUCAAAGUUUUCCA